CGUGGAGACGCGCAGGACGAGGCGCUGCUCUGCUCGCGGUUUUUUUUGUCUCUCGCGCUUUUGGCGCUGUGUUAAGCAAGAACCACGACCACACUGCACAUUUCCCGUAUGCCGGCGCAGCGACCGCGAUGAGCGAUUUGCCGUAUUAAGUAUUGCUAUGCUUCUAUUUCCACGCCUAUAGAGUUGCCCUUCCCCUUGCACAGCCAAGGUCGCCGACCACUAUUGCAGCGAGGCCCGGUAUUUCUGCAGUCAGGAAUCUUUGGAACCGCUUUGGAAGGAAAUAAUCCGACGGCCCGCCGGGCUGCAGCGAAGAUGAAUGCACAGCAUCACGACCAGAGCGUGUCGCACAAAGUCGAAGGCGGGUGGUCGUCAGGCUACGAGGCCGGCGGAGAGGCCGCAAAGACGUCGACAAGCAGCGCCAAGAUGAAAGCGCUUUCGGAAAGCCACGCCGACGCCGAGCUGAACAAUGCGGACUACCUUGAGGCAUUAUACUCGCAGCAGCUCUACUGUCUCGCAAGUGCGCCAUUUGGUAUUAAGACGCUUCCACGUCGUUGUCAAGGGAGGCGCGGGCGGUUCCACACGAGUUCUACAGCAGAUAGUGAGGCUCCCCCUGCUGGGGGGCUGCGGAGGGUUGAGGCCUGCCCAUACCUCGGAAGUUUGGGCAUACCAAGCUCGCAGGAACCUAGCGAGCAGCGUGCCCCGUGCAUCUUUUUCAGCGAGGCAGAGCCGGCGCCGUCGUCGUUAGACAGCGGGAGCGGCUCUCGUGCUGGUGAUGAAUGCAGCAACGUUAUCCCGCCGAUGAGGACAUACCAGGGGCAGGGAGCUGCAGGAGACGGAGACUCCGACAGCGAGCCAGGCUUUCUAUUAGGGCUGCGCUCCGGCUUCAGCAGGGCGACCAGUUGCGGCAGCCGCAGCGAUUUUGGCGCAGCAGAACCGCCAACAUCGGGCUCCUGUCACGCUACCGCGUGUUCCGGGGUUUAGAAGUACUCGGCUUCUUCGGUAAAAAAGGUGUGAGUGUCGAAUGCCAGUGGAAAUGAGAAUAACUGUAUCGAGCACACACGAAACCCGAUUACAGUAAGUUGCAGAACCUAGUAACAAGGAAACGUGGACCACACGACCGCCAGCGUGAGUCACUCGCGAGUACGAACCGGGCAGAAGUAGAAAGAAAGAAUAAUAGAAAAUAUGAUGAUUUACAGUAAUUAACCCUGCGGAGUGCCAGCUAUGGAGUGCUUUUUGUGUUUUGUUCUUUUCGAAGACUCCCACUGGUACUAGCACAAGAGCUCCAAAUUCGAUUUCGAACUCAAAUAAAUAUAAAUGACAAACCACAGAAGUCAAGAUAUAGUGACUCUCUCUCUCGAGAUAUAAGACCGAUAGGGUUGUAGUCUCGCGAGAUUUUCUCGUGAAUAAAUUGCAAAUUGUAAACUGUGCCUGUAGUUGUGCAACAAACACAAACACAAACUCAAACUACAACAUGUAUGAUACGCACCACCUCCUCCUGGGCCUCUACUGCCUUCUUUAAAUUUUUUCCAAUUUUACCUGCCUUAUGUAGGAGGACCAUGCAUUUGUAUGUUGAAUGUGACCGUGCGACGAGAAGUGCUGCCUGCACAUGGGCCGGUCUUUUCGAUAUUAUGCCUGACUUCUUCUCUUGACUAUGCACCACUACGACCACCACAAAAAUGGGAGGCAAGAUUUGGACUCCCAGUUACCUACCAACAACUACGAGCUUGUCAAAAUACCCUUUGCCGUGCAACAUCGAAUCUGACCUCUUUUAGGGUCGUCGUGUUGACCAUAGGCAGUAUGAGUUUACGAUGGUGCUGGAGAUCUCCCAACAAAAUUUUACCGCCAAAAUAUUAGUUUUCUAAAAGUGCUUCGCUUUGCUUUUUUUUUGUUUUUUCUUUAUGUGUGCACUGCAACUGUUCUAGUUCUACCUCGUCACGAGCGAGGAUUCGCAAGAAACGCACUGACUUGCGAGUGCUUUCCGAAACACUACUCGGCUCGACUUGACUGGACUUGCGUUGCAUCCAGGCGAGCUACGACAUCGAAACAAAAGGAAGAUUUAGAUACUAUCGUUUAGAGCUACUAGAGGAGUACUACUACUCAAAAUAAAAAUAUGUCCCUACUGUAGGGAAGAAACGAACGAGAAAAGCAACAAAGAGUGCUCUAAUGUAAAAACUUAGAAUCGCGCUUGGCGUCCCUUCUACAUCUACACGGAAAAAAACAGAUUUCUCUUGGAGAAACGAACAGCAAAGGAUAAAGAAGGU